AUGCUGAAGGCAGAUCGAAAAUCUCGUCGGCGGUCGUUCGCGCCCAUCAGCGACAAGUAUUUGGGCGCCCGGGAGAAGCGCAUCGACAUACCGAUGGUCGACAAUGAAGUAUUCAGGAAGACCUUAAUCGCGCGCAUCGAAGCCGUCACCCUGAAGAUAAUAGAGCAGAUAUCCGCCGGGCGGUCGCCGCGCAUAUCGUACGUCGGCGGGCGAAACGCGGAGGAGUCACAGGAGACUGCCCAGCCAGGACGCUCGGUCGAUUCUCAGCAGGACAUGGAGUACCUCGACGAAUCUCCAGUCGAAGAGCGGGACGCGCGACAGGCCGACGAGAAUUCAGGGAGAACGAGCGUCGAUUUCGCGGCGAGGCGCAGCAGAGACAAGUUCGUCCUGAUGACGAUGCUGAUGGCCGAGGUGCAUCGCUUGCUGCUGACGAACGCGACCAGGACCAGGCGAUCGUUCUACUACGACCUGAAGAGCCAAAUGACCGAGAGCUUGGCGCCCAACCAGCGAUACGUCGACCGCGCGUUGAACGACGUCGCGAACUUGUUGGAGUGCGCGCCGUGGGACCUGAGAUUGCUGGCGACGGCCAAGGGGUUAGCGGCGGGCAAUAUGAGCAUCACGCUGACCGACGGUCACGUUAUCGACUGCACGAUCCCGGGGGGCGCGCUGAUCCCGCAGAUCGCCUCGAAUGUGGCUUCCAUCCGCGCGAAAGCCAAGUUCGUGUUGGUAGUCGAGAAGGACGCGACUUUUCAAAAGCUGCUCGAGGAGAACUGCCCCCGCGCGCUCAACUGCAUUCUGCUGACGGGCAAGGGUUACCCGGACACCGCCACGAGGAUGUUGCUGAAGCUAUUGUCCGACAAGAUGGACCUGCCGGUCUACAUAGUCGCGGACGCGGAUCCCUUCGGCGUGGACAUCGUGUUGAUCUAUCGCUUCGGUUCCAUGGCGCUCUGCAGGGAGAACGAGAACCUGACGUGUCCUAAUGCGCGCUGGCUCGGGAUCUUUCCCACGGAAUUGAUCGCUUUAGGAGCGAAGACAGUCCCGCUCAGCGAGGCCGACCUCGCGAAAUUGAGGUCCAUCGAGGCCCGGGCUUACGUGAACGAGGCUAUAUCGAAGCAGCUGAGUGUGUUGCGGAAGGGCAAGGCGGAAAUAGAGGCGGUCUCGACGCUCUCGACGAAUUUUCUCACGGCGACGUACUUGCCUUACAAAAUUGACGGCCUGGAUUACAUCUGAGAAACACGGAAUUC